UUAGGCGCGGGGUGUAUAAAGCCCUGAAUCUUCCCUCUGGUUGUGUCGGGGGCCUGACCAAAAGAGUCUUGCACGGAUGUCUGCUUGUAAUUUUGAUGAAUACUCGAUCUAAAUUAACUUACAAGACUCCUCCAUGUAAAACACUAAAACCCCGCGAAAGAGGCAUGGUAAUGGCGUCAGGUACACAAGAUUCUGAGCAGCAACAAAUACCAGUGCAAAGAUUACAAAUUUACUCAACUACAAAUACUGGAGUGUCCCCCUUCUGGAGAGAGAAGUAUGAGAGAGAAGCCAAAAAGUAUUGGGAUGUGUUCUACAAGAAGCACCAAGACAGGUUUUUUAAAGAUCGGCACUACUUGGAUAAGGAGUGGGGUAGCUAUUUUUCUGGAGCUGGAAGAAAAGUGAUUUUGGAGGUUGGUUGUGGAGCUGGAAAUACUAUAUUUCCUGUGAUUGCAUUAUACCCAGACGCUUUUGUUUAUGCAUGCGAUUUCUCACCACGAGCUAUUGAGCUAGUCAAGACACAUAAAGAUUUUGAGGAGUCACGUGUUAGUGCUUUUGUCUCCGAUUUGACAGCUGACGACCUGUGCAAGCAUAUUUCUCCAUCAUCGGUUGAUAUUGUUACCAUGGUAUUUAUGUUAUCUGCAGUGUCGCCAGAAAAGAUGCAUCAAGUAUUGCAGAACAUUAGAAAGGUUAUCAAGCCAAAUGGUUAUGUGCUGUUUCGAGACUAUGCUACUGGAGACCUUGCUCAGGAAAGAUUCUCUGGCAAGGAUCAAAAGAUUAGUGAUAAUUUCUAUGUUAGAGGUGACGGCACCCGUGCUUACUAUUUUUCAAAUGAGUUUUUGACAAAUUUAUUCAAAGAAAAUGGUUUUGACGUUGAAGAACUUGGUGUGUGCUGCAAACAAGUGGAGAACCGCUCAAGGGAGUUGGUAAUGAAUCGGCGUUGGGUGCAAGCUGUAUGCCGGAUUACAGACAGUUCCAACUCUUCCUCCAGUAAAGAAGCUGAACCAAAGGCCGAUCAUCUUGAUUCUGAGGAAGUCAAGGAAGAUAAUGUAAAGGGUCCCGUAAAUGACCCUGCGAUUGACUUGUCUGAGGGUUUGGCAGUUGACAUGUUUGGAGUCUCGCCUUCCAGUGAGAAUGAGAUUAUUGAGGUCAACCUUGGAGGGUGGAAUUUCAGGAUCAAUGUGCUUUCAAAGGAGUACCAACAUACCUGCAAAUCAACAGGGUUGAUGCUAUGGGAAUCAGCUCAAUUGAUGGCUUCCAUCCUGGCAGAAAAUCCCAAUAUUGUUGAAGGGAAGCGGGUCUUGGAGCUGGGAUGUGGCUGUGGGGGAAUCUGCUCGAUGGUUUCUGCUAGAUAUGCCAGCCUUGUAGUUGCCACUGAUGGAGAUGCUUUUGCUCUCAAACUCCUUGCCAAAAAUGUUGCAUCUAAUCUUCCACCACCACUGCUUACUAAACUGAUUACCAAGAGACUCGAGUGGGGAAACAGGGAUCAUAUUGAAGAGAUGAAGGAAGUGAGUAAUACAGGCUUUGAUGUCAUUGUGGGGACGGAUGUGACAUACAUUCCUGAAGCUAUAUUGCCUUUGUUUGCAACUGCAGCAGAGCUGAUUGCUUCCAGCGGAAGCAGUAAAGAUAAUAAGGAGCCUGCACUAAUUGUUUGCCAUAUUUUCCGACGAGUAGAUGAACCAUCCCUACUCUCAGCUGCAGGGCAAUAUGGAUUCAGAUUAGCGGACAGAUGGCCUGCUAGAGAUUCAACUUGUCAGGGCAUUGUCAGCGAUUGGUUCCUAGAUAAUGGUUUAAAGGAUGAUCUUCCAAGUACAGCUUUAAAUAUCCUGCUCUUCCACAAAAAUUGAAAUUAAAAUCCGCAUCCUUUUAUUCAAAGCAAGUUUGGUUUUUUUCGUUCUGAUCUCAUUCCCUAGAUUGCGAGAAGUGAAAUGUAAGUUGGUUCAGCAAAAGGUGGGUAGCAAUUUGUUUGGCUUCAUUUUUGAAGGACUAUUAUGUGGCUAUCAUAGACAAUGUUUGUCAGUUAUUAAAUUUAUAUCUUGGUGGAGAAAGGGAUCUGGAUUCUGGAGGCCAGAAGUAAGGCCUGCAGAGCAGAAUUGUUCUUCAA